AUGGGUUGUCGAAUCGUCUCCGGCGGCUGUCACCCGGUGGAGUGGAAAAAUGGUGACUUUGCGGCUCUCCGACGGCUGUCACCUGACGGAGAGGAGCUGAAUGGAGGUGGGGCGCGUGUUAGGGAGCUUCAUCCUCAGGUCUGCGCAGCAAGAGGAGGCUCUUCAUUGCAUCCAGUAUGCUCUCAAGAGGUGACGACUCGUCUCCCGGUGGAUCGUCCUCUUCUCGACGAUGGCUUCUUCAUCGAUCAAUCAGAGAUGAUUUACUCGAUGGAUUCGCGAUCCUUUUAUCGCGAAUCGUUCAACAAUUUUAGUAGCAAUGCUCCACGAAUCGUGUUGACGAGAUUUUCACCAGUGAUCCAGCGAUUCUCGUUGCUUAAUCCUUCACUGGCAAUUUGCAGGAAAGUCGUGAUAAUCAGAUAAAAAUAUAUGACUUUUGACUUUGGGAGGAUUCGAAUCCGCGCCGGUUGCCCGCCUUUUCUAGGGAAGGUGAUGUAGGUUUAGUCCCACAUCAAUUGUGCACCGAUUUUUUGGGCGAAUAUAUACUAAUGUUACAUUUGUUAGCAAGUCCCUUCCCUCGCGUGUACGACCACUCUUUGCCCCACAACCGGUUGGCCACUGGUGAUGUGGAAGGGGAGUGGUGCACAUGUGCCCCUAUUGGUCCAAGCUGCUCGAGCCCCUGCUCGCGGCUACUCCCUGACUGAGCUUCCGACCCACUUGUGGGCCCAGCUAGCCAGCGGGUCCCCCUCAUUUUGUCUUAUUUUUAUUUUCUAUUUCUUUUUCUUCAUUUAUCUCAAAAGCAAGACUAUAAAAAUCAUAUAAAUUCGUGUAAAAUCACAUAAUUACCCAAAAAUUUACAAUAAUCAACUGAAAACCAUUUCCCACACUUUAACACAAAUAUAAGUCUAUUUAUCAUGAGUUAAAGCUAAAAUUACAUUAUUUACUACUUAUUAACUCAUGAUAAUGAAGACUUAUCAUAGCCCCCAACUUAAAUCAUUGCUAGUUCCUUAGCAAUGGAAUUACGAAAAUAAAAAUUUACAAAUCUCAAACAUCAUAUUUCAAUACAGAAAAAAAAUACGAUUAGAAAUGAUGCACCUUUAGACACUUUGGAUUCUUAUAUCAAGUAUUUAAGAAUGAUGUCAGGCACUUAAAUGUUUAAACACUCCUUGGAAUAACAAUCUAGACGUCACUUCUUCUAUUUACAUCUUUAUCACUUCUUCACUCAUAGAUGUAUUUACAAGAUGUUCGAAUUAUCAAUACUCAUCCAAGAAUAAUAUUGAUCCUACAUUUCCUUUUUUCUAUGGCUUGAUUUUUGAAGUUUGCACUAUAUUUCUUCCUUCUUUUUUACUUUUUUUUUAUAUAUAGUGGAUAAGUAGCUUUUCAUGUAGACAAAUUUCGACAAUAAGAAUGAUGUCUCACACCCUCCAUGUGUACUCUUCAUUUUCAGGGCUUUCACUUUAUCCACUUAUUUUGCAGCAAGUGUUUUUCUAUGCAUGAUUUUCGACAAUGAGAAUGAUGUCUCACACCCUCUAUGUGUACUCUUCAUUUCUAAAUUUUUCACAUUGCUCUCUCUUUUUUUUUUUUUUUGAAAUAAGUGAUUUCUUCUCACAAGUCCUAUAGAUCAGGGUGUAAAAAUCUCCAUUAAACUCAAAUGAUCAAUCAAAUUUUCACAUCAAGUAAAUACUAUCCAUCAAGAUCAUGAAGUGAAAAUCUGUAAAAUCAAAUCUAUGUUAUCUAUCAUGUAUCCAAGGAGUAUUCCAACAUUUCAUGCUACUAGAUCAUUCUUUUGACUCAAUAAUAAUCUUCCUAGUAUCUUUUGGUAUCAAUCAAUCUAAUUGAUUUAAUUUUUCAUGCAUGCAAUAUGAUGUAAGAGAUUUGUAAAUUAGAUAGUUCUGACAGUUCUCUUUUCUGUUUUCAGUUCUAUUUUUAGCUGCAAUAAAUUUGUCAAAGAUAAAUCAAAACUAUCCUCUUUAUAGUUGUAAUUUCGAAUUUCAGUAAUAUAUGUCUAGGGGAUUGAAAUGUGAGAAAAGAGUCUCUAGAAUUUCAAAUUUCAGGCUAUUUUUUUGUCUGCUAUUUUUGACAGUCUGUUGUUCCUAAUAGAAAACCAAAAAAUAGAUGUUGCAGUUUUUCUGAAUUUUAUUUUAUUUUUAUUUUUUUAGUUGCUGUUCUAAGUUGAAUAAAAUGCAAACACAUGUUCUUAAUCUUACUACAACAUAAAUUAAUAAUGAACACUUCACCCCCCAACUUAAAAAUGACAUUGUCCUUAAUGACACAGAAAAAUCGAAAUAGAAUAUGCAGAAAAUAUAAUUUUCAAGUGAAGCAUGCAUAUGUGUAAAGUUAAGCAUUAAAAAUAUUUUCAUAAAUGAUAAAACUCAGAAAGACAUCACCUCAACCAAGUUUUUAAUUUUUCACUUCAUCUUAUACUCCUACUGCACUUUUUCGAAAAAACAAAUACAGAAACAAGUAUUGCGAAAUUCUAAGAAAAACAGAGCUUAAAAAAAAUCAAACAGAAUGAAAUAAAAACCAUGGGUUGCCUCCCAUGCAGCACUGAAUUUAAUGUCUUCAACUGGACAGCUCUUAGAUCAUAUAAGAUGAUCUAUGGCCAUCAAAAUAUAUUUGUAUCCCAAGGUAAGUUUCAUGAUAUUCUUUUUCAGAUUUAGCAUAAAUUUAUAUACUUCAUAUAUAUACCUUGACAUACUUUCAGCAAAAAAAAAAUGGAAAUUAUCAAAAUUUUCCCAAAAUUAAUAUUUUUAUUUUGAAAAGAAUCUUUCCUCAUUUCUAUCUUGUUUUGUAAGGCUAUCAUUCAUUAAUAAAUACUUUCUAUUAAUAGAUCAUAAAAUGUGAUCAGGUCAUAUAAUUUUUAAAUUAGCUCUUACCCAAUCUAGAAUUUUUUCAUCUAAAUUGAUAUCUCUAAUUCUUCCACUCACCCAUUUCUUAAUGUGCUCUUUUAUCUGCAUAAUCUUCCCCUGCUCCAUUUUAUCUUCCAUACAUAUUUGUUCAAUUUGAUAGGAGUGAAAUAUUUCAAGCUUAGAAAUAAUUCUAAUGGGCUGUGGGUUUUGAAGGAUGGAAGGAUUGUCUUCUUUAAUCUCAGAUCUAAUGAAUUCAGUAAAAUUUAAAUUUUCUCCUCCAAAAUUAUCUCUAUAUUCAUAUUCAUUAUUUUCGUUUCUCCCCAUUAGUUGAAUCAACUCUUUUUCUAGCUUUUCGUUUCUCAACUCAUCAAACUCUUCAUCUUCCCAAGAGCUAUCUUUUAAUUUCGGUAUAUGAUAUACAUCAUCAUCCUCACUAUCAACAUCCAUGGCUGCAAAAUUAUGAUUAGAUUUAUUAAUUUCGUCUCCUACAUCUUCCAAAUCAACUGAUUUUUUCUCACCUGAAAUAUAUUUUUUCUUCAUUUCUAUCCUUACUCCCUUCUAUUAAAAUUUGGAUGAUUUUUCCAUGAUCAGCUGCUGUUUCUUUAUCUAAGGGCUCUUUCUCCUCAUCAUCCUCACAAUAUUCAUUCAUCAAUUGUGAGCAAUAAAUGAUUUUAUUCAAAUUUUCUGCUACUAUAUUUUCGGCCUUAAUAUUCUCAUUUACUUCUAAUGGAUCAUCGAUUUCUUCUAAUAGUUAGAAAUAAGGAUCAAAUAAAAUAUUCUCACUCAAUGUAUUCACUGUCCUAACAUUUUCAUUUCGUGGGUUUUUUCCUAGAUUCAUGCUACUAGACUCCCCUUGCUGAAAUCCUAUUGUUGGGCGGUUCCUUGGAUUUUCUAUGGGCUGACUAGGUAGUUGUCCCUCUUCUCUCCUAUUCUCAAAAGCUUCUAUAAUUUGUUUUUGAUGCAACAUCAUUUGAUUUAUAGUUUUUUGCAUCAUUUGGCUCAUAGUUUGUUACAUCAUUUGGCUCAUUUGCUGCAUCAUUUCUAUAGUAUCAGGUUGGGUUUGAGAGGGUUGAUUUUUUUGAAAUCCGUUUUCUUGUUUUAGAUGAAAUUCAGAGUCUGAAUUGGAUCUAAGUGCUUCUGGAUUUUGAAUAUUAUUUGGGUUUCUCCACGAAAAAUUAUUCCCCCAAUUAAGAUUAUAAGAAUUAGAAGAAUAUUCCCAAUUUUUUACUAAAAUCGUGGGGUACUUGCACUUGUUCUUGCCUAGGAUGAUAUUGAAAUUUGAAAUGAUCAUUUUCACCAUACAUAAGAUGUGUACUAUUUGAAUUAAAUUGAGGGUUAAGAGGCUUUCUCAUAUUUUCAAUAAGUAAAUGAAGUUUUUCUAAUCUUUGAUUAAUCUAAUUAACCUCAUUUCUAAAUUUAGAAUCAUCAUCAUGAUGCAAUUCAUAAAUUCCUCUCUUCUUAUCCCUAUCAUAUAAUUCAAAAGAGGCUUGAUCUCUAGAAUUUUCACUUAAAUUCUCAUAAAGACUGUAAAUCUCAUCAGGGGUUUUCUCCAUAAAAGCUCCUCCACAUAUAGAAUCAACUAUAUUUCUAUGUUGUUCUAAUAAUCCAUCAUAAAAAAUUCUAUGGAGCUGCCACUUGGGUAUAACAUGAUGAGGAUACUUUCUAAGUAAAUCUUUGAAUCUUUUCCAUGUCUCAUGUAAAGUUUCUCCUGGUCUUUGAGAAAAAUUCUAUAUAUGUUUUCUCAUAUUUUGAGUUUUUUCUAAGGGAUAAAUUUUUCGAAGAAAGGCCUGUUCUAUGUCUUUCUAGCUAGUUAAUUCUCUAUCUAAUGUAGAUAGCCAAUGACUAGCUUUGUCCCUAAGUGUAUGAGGAAAUAAUUUCAUCUUAAUAAUUUUCGGUGUAAUUUGAGGGAGAUUAACUAAAUCACAGAUCAUAUGAAAUUUUUCUAAGUACUGAUGAGGUUCCUCUAAAGGCAAUCCAUGAAAAUUAGGGAACAUUUGAAAAAUUCUUAGAUUUAUUUCGAAUUUAACAGUGGAUGCUAAUGGGACUCUAAUAUUGGAUGCUCUUUGAAUUGAAUCAGGGAUAUAAUAAUUUUUCAUGGCCAUAGGAUUGUUCUCAAUUUGACUUGUACUUCCUUCAGGAUCCAUCAAAAUUAAUUUUUCUUUCGGAUUUUUAUUUUUGAAUGAAUUAAUGAAAGGAUUUUUUAGCCUUGGAUGUAAGGAUCUUCUACCAUGUAUAAAAAUCAAUAAAUUCGAGGGAAAAAUUUAGUAAUUGUUACCCUCCUUCAGUAUGCUCCAGUCCUUGCCUUGCUUCUUUUCGUUGCCUUUUUCUAAAAAAAAAAUCGGCAAAAAAAAAAUCAAACAACAGUUAAUUUUUUUUGUGUACUCUAAGAGAAAAAUAGAAAAAUACUAAAUAUUAUGCAAUACAACCCCAGCAACAACGCCAAAAUUUGACGUGACUCAGUCGUUGUAUAGUAAAUCAUGUAAAUUUUAAAUUUAUAAAACUAGAAAAUACAAUUUUUUGGAUAUUUAGAAGUAUUUCUGAACAAAUAUAUCAAUUAUAAUUCAAUAAAACUUCCAAAAAAUAACAAUAAUUUUUCAGAUUGAUCACAAGAAUGUAAUAUAAUAUCUGGUAAGUAUUCAGAAUUUUUCUCAAUGAAUAAGAUUUUCUAUGAAUUUUAUACUAGGAAAUGAAAAGGAAAUAUAUUUAAAAUUCACGAAAAAAGGAAAUAAGGGUGCGGACAUCAGGAUGAUGUCAGCACCCGGCGAACGUAAAUCGGACAGAAAUAGAGUUCCGCCCGGCGAUUCUAAUGUAAGCGAUUAUAGACGAUUAAAUUAAUCAAAUUAAUAUCUGUAAAAGUGAGGAAGAAUCGUAAUUGAACAAAGUAUAUUUUGGUAAAUUAAAAUCACAAAAAUUAUCACUAAAUGAAGCGUAAAGUAAGUUGAAAGCAAGAAAACAAAGUUCCGGCAUCGCGGCGACAAUGCGUCAGCGAUGCACCGGAAUCUUGAGCAUUCGGGAGGAUCGUCGUGCAGUGUCCACAGCCUUGAAGGCUCUCCUUGGACAAAGACAAUGUGGACAAUCUCUAGAUCUCCUUGCAAAGUCUAGAGAUUAAUGAAAUGGGUCGUCGAAUCGUCUCCGGCGGCUGUCACCCAGUGGAGCGGAAAAACGGCGACUUUGCGGCUCUCCGGUGGCUGUCACCCGACGAAGAGGAGCUGGAUGGAGGUGGGGCGCGUGUCAGGGAGCUUCAUCCUCAGGUCUGCGCAGCAAGAGGAGGCUCUUCAUUGCAUCCGGUACGCUCUUAGGAGGUGGCGACUCGUCUCCCAGCGGAUCGUCCUCUUCCCGACGACGGCUUGUUUGUCGAUCAAUUGGAGAUGAUUUACUCGAUGGAUUCGUGAUCCUUUUAUCGCGAAUCGUUUAACAAUUUUAGUAGUAAUGCUCCGUGAAUCACGUUGACGAGAUUUUCGCCAGUGAUCCAGCGAUUCUCAUUGCUUAAUCCUUCACCGGCGAUUUGCAGGUAUGUCGCGAUAAUCAGAUAAAAGUAUAUGACUUUUGACUCUAGGAGGAUUCGAACCCGCGUCGGUUGCCCGCCCUUUCUAGGGAAGGUGAUGCAAGUUUAGUCCCACAUCAGUUGUGCACCGAUUUUUUGGGUGAAUAUAUACUAAUAUUACAUUUGUUAGCAAGUCCCUUCCCUCGCGUGUAUGACCACUCCUUGCCCCACAGCCGGCUAGCCAUCGGUGACGUGGAAGGGGAGUGGUGCACACGUGCCCCUAUUGGUCCAAGCCACUCGAGCCCCUGCUCGUGGCUACUCCCUGACUGA